UCCUACUUGACGGUACACGCUUGGAUUUUUUACGUCGCCGCCGCUUCUCCUGGACCUCAGAGUUGUCCUUCCGUUUGUUCCUGUAGCAACCAGUUCAGCAAAGUGGUUUGUACCCGACGUGGUUUGGCUGAAGUUCCUCUUGGAAUUCCUUCCAACACUCGAUAUCUCAACCUCAUGGAAAACAACAUCCAAAUGAUUCAAGCUGAUACUUUCCGACACCUUCAUCACUUGGAAGUUCUACAGUUGGGUAGAAACUCCAUCCGACAAAUCGAAGUUGGAGCUUUCAACGGCUUUGCAAAAAAAACCUUGGAGCUCUUUGACAACUGGUUGACCGUCAUUCCCAGUGGAGCUUUUGAAUAUCUCUCCAAAUUAAGAGAGUUGUGGUUGAGGAACAAUCCCAUCGAGAGCAUCCCCUCCUACGCCUUCAACCGGGUACCCUCCCUCAUGCGCUUGGACCUGGGGGAGCUGAAGAAGUUGGAGUACAUCUCCGAGGGGGCUUUCGAAGGGUUGUACAACCUCAAGUAUCUCAACUUGGGGAUGUGUAACAUUAAAGACAUGCCCAACUUAACUCCUUUGGUAGGGUUGGAAGAGUUGGAGAUGUCAGGCAAUAAUUUCCCUGAAAUUCAACCGGGUUCUUUCCACGGACUCAAAUCCCUCAAAAAACUUUGGAUUAUGAACUCACAGAUCAACUUGAUCGAGAGGAACGCCUUCGACGACCUGACGGCCUUGGUGGAACUCAACUUGGCCCACAACAACCUUUCUUCUCUACCCCACGACCUCUUCGCUCCGUUGAGGUAUUUGGUAGAACUUCACUUGCACCACAACCCUUGGGAUUGCGAUUGUGACAUCCUGUGGUUGUCCUGGUGGUUGAGGGAAUACAUCCCCACCAACUCGACCUGCUGCGGGCGUUGUCACGCUCCUCUCCACAUGAGGGGUAAGUUUUUGGUGGAGGUGGAUCAAACCUCUUUCCAAUGUUCUGCACCUUUCAUCAUGGACGCUCCGAUGGAUCUCAACAUCUCCGAAGGGCGAGUGGCCGAACUCAAAUGUCGAACUCCUUCCAUGUCUUCCGUUAGGUGGUUGUUACCUAACGGGACGGUGUUGAGUCACGCUUCCAACCACCCACGGAUCACCGUCCUCAACGAUGGUACCUUGAACUUCUCCCACGUCUUGUUGACGGACACUGGGGUUUAUACCUGUAUGGUGACCAACGUGGCUGGGAACUCCAACGCUUCGGCUUACCUCAACGUUAGCACGGCCGAACUCAACACUUCCAACUACAGUUUCUUCACCACGGUGACUGUAGAGACCACUGAGAUCUCCCCUGAAGAUAUCUCCCCUAAGUUCACCAAACCAGUACCUACCACCUCAACUGGUUAUCAACCAGCUUAUACCACCACCACCACCGUUUUGGUUCAAACUACUAGGACACCUAAGCAGGUGGUCAUCCCAACCGCCGUCGAUUCGGGUGAUAAGAUGCAAACUAGUUUAGAUGAAGUGAUGAAGACCACCAAGAUCAUCAUCGGUUGUUUCGUGGCCGUCACUCUUUUAGCAGCCGCCAUGCUCAUCGUCUUCUAUAAACUCCGGAAACGUCACCAACAACGGAGCACGGUGACGGCCGCCCGGACGGUGGAGAUCAUCCAGGUAGAUGAGGACAUGACGGCGCCACCGACGUCACCACCGACGGUGACACCAACCGGGGUAUCAGGUGAGGGGUCGGUGGUGUUACCGGCCGUCCAUGACCACGUCAACUACAACACCUACAAAGCGGCUCACGGGGUUCACUGGACAGAGAACAACCUGGGGAACUCCCUGCAUCCC